UAUAUUUGUCUGUCUCUCUUUGUUAAUGCAGCUGAUUUUAUUGUAAAAAUGGAAUCUAUAGCUAUAAAGAAUUGAAAUGAAGUUUGUUCCUCUUUUUCUUUUCAACAUCUGUUCCACUCACUUUGUAGUUUGAUGCUUGUGUGCUUGCUUUGUUCAGAUAAAGAGGUGUGUUUACAUAUGGCAACUUCAAAUGAGAAGUGGAUUGACAAUGUCCAGUUUUCUUCCUUGUUCUCCCCACCUCCAAAUGAUGCACAGCAACACCAUGCUCAAGUUAGUAGCUAUGUGGAGAUGUUCAUCUCAGAACAAUUCCAUCAUGAUUUAGAGGAGGCGAUUCGAGGCCGGUAUCCAUGUAAUGAGAAAACACUGUUUGAUGAUGUUUUAGCAGCAUUGGUUGUUCACCACCCAGACCAAGGCUCUGGUGUCGUUGUCCCCAUCAUAUCGUGCAUCAUCGAUGGCUUGCUCGAAUACCACAGCACCAAUCCUCCCUUCCCUUCUUUCAUCUCCCUGGUUCGCCCUGACAGCAAUGUGGAUUCCGAGGAGUUGGUCCUUGCAUACGGGGAGAUACUACGAAUCUUGACUCAUUACAACCGGCCAGUUUACAGGAGACACACCAAGGGAUCAUCUUCAUCUAAUGAAGCCAGUUCUAGUUCGUGGUCGAGGCCAUUGUCACCUUGGAUCACUGACAUGUUGCUCCAAGCACCUCUUGGCAUCCGGACUCAUUUCUUCCGCUGGUGUGGAGGCGUGGCCGGGACAUACGCACCUACACAGCUCAAACAGGCUUCAACUGGGAAGCAUCAUGUGCUCAUGACAUCCACUCCGAUAUGGGCAGUGGCUAACGGCACUGCAGUUAUACUCAGUGUAUGCGACGAAGAAGUUGCUCGUUACCAGACUGCUACGCUGACAGAAGCUGCUGUGCAAGCAGUCUUGCUUCCACCCGAAACAGCCCCUAAGGACGAGCAUCCCAUAGCCGACCUACCAGCUCUCGAGCCCUACGCACGCCUCUUUCAUCGAUACUACACGAGUUCAAGCCCGAGCGUGACCCAGAGGCUACUUCUGAGGCUGCUUGAAGCUCCACCAUCAUGGGCUCCUUAUGCGCUCGAAGCAGCUGUGCAACUAGUGGAACUCCUUAGAGCAGCAGACCACCAAGCCUCAGACAACAAGCUUCCGAGGAAUUGGAUGUGCCUGUAUUUCCUUCAUGCAAUCGGAAUUGCAAUGUCCAUGGAAGGUCAAAUUGCUGCGGACGCUGCUGCUGCUUUACUGUUUCGGAUACUUUCCCAACCUUCUUUACUCUUUCCUCUGCAAAGCCAAGCUGGUGAUGCUCAUCAUCUAACAUUACCAGAACCAGACAAGCCAAGAGAGUUACCUACAGCAGAAGAGAUUGCAUCGAUGCUUUGUGCGAACGGCCUUGAGGUGGAGCGGAGAAUAUGCAUGAUAUGGGAAGCUGCUUAUGGUUUGAUCCCUCUAACUUCCUCCUCCACGGAUCUUCCCAUAAUCGUGGCUGCGACUUCUCUGCAGCGGCCUAUACUAUCAUGGAACUUGUACAUUCCCCUUCUCAAAGUACUCGAGCAUCUACCUCGUGGAAGUCCCUCUCAGAGCUCUCUGAUGAAGAUAUUCGUUGCUACUGUCAAAGCAAUCCUGAGUAGAACAUUCCCGCCCGAGUCAUGUAAAGAGCAGAUUCAGAGAACAAGAAAUGCGUACAAGACUCUAGUCGUUUGUGAGCUUCGAACAAUAGUCCAUUCUCUGUUCUUGGGGUCGUGUGCUUCUGUGGAGCUCACUUCCCGCCUUCUCUUUGCUGUGCUGACUGUCUGCGUGAGUCAUGAAGAAGAGCUCGGUGGCAGCAGGAGACGUGGAGCUGAGGAAGGCGAAAAAUUGGCAAGUAAAAGGGGGCCUAUAGCAGCAUUUGAUUCAUAUGUUGUUGCUGCUGUCUGCGCUCUCUCGUGUGAGCUACAUACAUACACUCUCAUUUCGUACCAGUUAGACGCCGGUGCCAAAUGUAGGUCCAUUGAUCACACGCGACGAAUACUAGCAGUUUUGGAAGCACUCAUGUCUUCGGAGCUCUCUAGUAUUGGCACAUCAUGGAGCUAUACCUCAGAUGAUAUAGUGGUCACUGUGAUGGUUGCAGCUCACGUUUACGAUCUAUUUAGACGUUCCAAGGCCUGCAAGAAGGCUCUUUCGCUCAUGAUGAGGCGCAAGUGGGACAAGGAGAUUCGUUCCCGAGCAUCUUCCCUCUUCAAACUGAUUGAUGUCCAAUGUAAAACUGUUGCAUCCAUAGUCGACAGAGCAGGGUCCCUGGAGGACUGGCUAGUGCACGGGAUGGCUCCCCCUUUUCAGGGGAAGAAACGCAAGAUGCAUGCUGGCUGUUUUCACUUUGGAUCCAGCCAGCCAUCUUCGUUGUUAUACGAAAAUGUAGCUGGUUCUGAGGCUUUGAGCGUAUGCGAGAAGGCUGAAUCCAAUUUUUCGACAGUGGAGGGGAAGAUGGGCUUUAACUGCAGCAGGCAGGCUCUUAGAUCCGUCCUCGCGGAGAAACAACAAUUGUGCUUCUUGGUGGUUUCUUUGCUCUGGCACGCGUUGAUUGUAUCACCUGAAAUCCAUCCGAGAGCUGAGAGUUCGUCUAUGCAGCAAGGGUGGAGGAAGGUGGUGGAUGCUCUAUGCAACGUCGUCUCAGCAUCGCCAGCAAAAGCUGCAAUCGCUGUUGUUGUUCAGGCAAGCAGUAACUUAAGGCUUUGGACUGUUGAAGACGACGAUCAUGGAAAAAAGGCACGGAGAAUCAACGAGAGAGUAGUGAAAGUGAUUGCUGAACUGAUGAACAGCCAUGAGAAUAUACAGUCAUUGAUGAUCAUGGCUAGUUCGUCCGAGCUUCUCCUCCGAGCAACUGAUGGGAUCAUGAUCGAUGAAGGAGCAUCCACAUUGGCUCAACUUGAGGUGCUGGAAGCAGCGGCUAGAGCAGUUCACCCGAUGCUCAGAUGGGGGGAGCCCGGAUUGGCAGUGGCGGAGGGUGUUGUAGACGUAUUGAAGAGUUAUAAUGUGCAGUGCCGCCUUGAUGCAACUGCUCGUUGCAUUUCUCAUCCGAGGGCUCGUGUUCGAUCCCUCAGCAACUCUGUGCUCCACGCACUGGUGCACGUUGGCUCAAGGUGCAAACACUCAGCUACAGGCAUCGUUGGGUUGAAAGACGCCGUGGACAAGUGUUUGGAGUUGGAGGCUCGUAGGCGGGUCGAGGCAGGCUUGCCGGUGAACUUCGUCCAAGCCAUUGCAAAGGAAUUAAGCUGUUGCACCAUAUCCUCUUGAAAACACCCUAUUUUUAAAUGUGUAAAUAAGCCAUUAGGCAUCCUUUAUUCAUUCUUGAAGAAGGAAAACAGAGUUUACAGACAAUUAACAAAAGGAUUAAAA